GUCAGUUUAGUGAAAGCUACAUAGAGGAGGAAGAAGCACUGCACUGAUGAGGAAUCACAGGACUAAUUAUUUCAAAGUUGGAAUUGAAAGGUUCCAAGCUUAGCUCUGUGGUGUUUUUUCUAACAUUGUAGUUUUUUACUAAGUUUUUAAAAAAUGGACGCUAAGGGCCAGACUGGCACCUUUAAAAGAUCCUCCCUCAAACGCAAUCUAUCUGGCUCGCAGAAGGCGCAGAAAGCUUGGAUUGAGAGGACAUUUCUAAAGCGGGAAUGUGUUCACAUAUUUCCCAGCAAGGACCCAACCAGAUGUGCCUGUGGCCAGCUGGUGACGCAGCAUGUGGCUAUCCCUCCUGGUGCCAGUUCCAUAGCAGAGGCGACGCCGUUGGUACAGAUUGAGACCCCCAAUGAAAAAUGGAGUGUGGUGAAACACACCAGGACCUAUCCUACAGACUCCUAUGGGCUCAUCGAGUUUCAGGGAGGAGGAUUCAUUAACAAGGCCAUGUACAUCCGGGUUUCUUAUGACACCAAGCCUGACAACCUCUUGCAUCUGAUGGUGAAGGACUGGCAGCUGGAGUUGCCAACGUUGCUCAUCUCAGUGCAUGGUGGUCUCCAGAACUUUGACCUCCAACCCAAACUCAAGCAAGUGUUUGGCAAAGGCCUGAUAAAAGCAGCUGUCACCACAGGAGCUUGGAUCUUCACGGGCGGAGUGAACACAGGGGUGAUCCGUCAUGUGGGCGAUGCCUUAAAGGACCAUUCAUCCAAGUCACGAGGGAAGGUGUGCGCAAUAGGGAUUGCCCCGUGGGGUAUCUUGGAGAACAAAGAGGACCUCAUUGGAAAAGAUGUAACCAGACCCUAUCAAUCCAUGGCUAACCUACUUAGCAAGCUUGCAGUGCUCAACAGUAGCCACUCUCAUUUUAUCCUCACUGACAACGGAACCUGUGGGAAGUAUGGCUCUGAGGUCAAACUCCGGCGGCUGGUGGAGAAGCACAUUUCCUUGCAGAAGAUCAACACUCGUUUGGGUCAGGGCGUUCCUCUUGUGUGCCUGAUAGUGGAGGGAGGUCCCAAUGUCAUCUCUAUCACUUUAGAGAGCCUGAGGGAUGAGCCUCCCAUCCCUGUGGUGGUGUGUGAUGGCAGCGGCCGUGCUUCUGACAUCAUAUCCUUCGCACACAAGUUCUCAGAGGACGGAGGCCUGGUUAAUGAUGACGUCAGAGACCAGCUCCUGGUCACGAUCCAGAAGACGUUCAAUUAUAGCAAAAGUCAGUCUCAGCAGAUCCUGCUCAUGGUAAUGGAGUGCAUGAAAAAAAGGGAGCUGAUCACUGUGUUUCGAAUGGGCUCUGAAGGGCAGCAAGAUAUUGAAAUGGCCAUUCUGACCGCCUUGUUAAAAGGCACAAAUGCUUCAGCAGCAGACCAGCUCAGUUUAGCUCUGGCCUGGAACCGAGUGGAUAUUGCCCGCAAUCACAUUUUCGUUUACGGGCACAACUUACCACCUGCUGGAGCCAUUGCCAAUUCUACGAGUGUAGCUUCAACCCAGGAAAAAACAAAGAGUCCAGCCAGCGCUCCACGCAGCAAGGUUCGGGCCAAAAAGGGGAAGGGGAAAGGAAAGGCCAAACCGGAACCUCCUGAGGAGACAGAUCCUAGAAAGCUGGAGCUCAUUCGCUGGGUGAACUCUUUGGAGCAGGCUAUGAUGGAUGCUCUGGUGCUGGACAGAGUGGAUUUUGUUAAAUUGCUGCUUGAGAACGGGGUCAACAUCCAUCAUUUCCUCACCAUUCCCAGACUGGAGGAGUUGUACAACACAAAACUGGGACCUGCAAAUACCCUUCACGCUGUAGUUAGAGAUGUUAAAAAGGGAAACCUUCCUCCAGAUUACCAGAUUACUUUGAUUGAUAUCGGCCUGGUACUAGAAUACCUCAUGGGUGGAGCUUACAGGAGCAACUACACAAGGAAGGCUUUCCGCAACCUCUACAAUAAUCUAUAUGGACUAAAAAGGCCAAAGGCUUUGAAGCUCCUGGGAAUGGAGGAUGAUGAACCGAGAACAAAAGGCAAGAAAAAAAACAAAAAGAAGAAGGAAGAAGAGGUGGAGAUAGAUGAGGAUGACCCAGAGGUCUGUCGGUUCAAGUACCCCUUCCAUGAGCUGAUGCUGUGGGCUGUGCUGCUGAAGCGCCAGAAGAUGGCGCUGUUUCUUUGGCAGCGUGGUGAGGAGGCGAUGGCCAAGGCCUUGGUGGCUUGUAAACUGUAUAAGGCUAUGGCCCACGAGUGCUCUGAAAGUGAACUGGUGGACGACAUAUCCCAAGACUUGGAAAACAACUCCAAAGAGUUUGGCCAACUGGCCUAUGAGCUGUUGGACCAGUCCUACAAGCAUGAUGAGCAGGUGGCCAUGAAACUCCUAACAUACGAGCUAGUGAACUGGAGUAACUCCACCUGUCUGAAGCUGGCUGUGGCCGCAAAACAACGGGACUUCAUCGCUCACACUUGCAGCCAGAUGUUGCUUACUGACAUGUGGAUGGGCUGUUUAAGGAUAGGCAAAAAUCCUGGCCUCAAGGUUAUUCUUGGCAUCAUCUUACCUCCUCUGAUUCUGCUCCUGGAUUUCCGAAUUGGAGAGGACACUUCUUAUCAAAGACCUGGAGACAAACAGGAAGGAAAGGACAAAGAUGAUGACACAAAAUCCAGCAAGGACCCUAACAAUGACGGGGUUUCCCGCAAAGGAGAUGAGGAGGAGGGCAGCGCUAAUGUCCGCAAAAUUCCAAUCGGGAGAAGGUUUUUUGAGUUUUAUGACGCCCCUUUUACCAAAUUCUGGUUCAAUACUAUUUGCUAUCUGGGUUAUUUGAUGAUGUAUAAUUACAUCAUCCUGGUUAAAAUGGAGCGGUGGCCAUCUGUACAAGAGUGGACAGUCAUUGCAUACAUCCUCACACUUGGCACAGAAAAAGUUAGACAGAUUCUGAUGUCAGAGCCAGGGAAGCUGAAACAGAAGAUAAGUGUUUGGAUGGAGGACUACUGGAACAUCACAGACCUUGCUGCCAUCUCUACCUUCCUUCUGGCGCUAAUGCUGCGCUUGCAGCCCGAACCAUACAUGGGCUACGGAAGAGUCAUCUACUGCAUAGACAUAAUCUUCUGGUACAUACGUGUGCUGGACAUCUUUGGAGUCAACAAGUACCUGGGACCCUACGUGAUGAUGAUAGGGAAAAUGAUGAUUGAUAUGAUGUAUUUUGUGGUGAUCAUGCUGGUGGUACUGAUGAGCUUUGGGGUAGCUCGGCAAGCCAUCCUUCACCCGGAUGAAGAACCGACUUGGCGUCUGGCCAGGAACAUCUUCUACAUGCCCUACUGGAUGAUCUAUGGGGAGGUUUUUGCGGACUCGAUAGACCUCUAUGCAAUGGAAAUCAAUCCUCCAUGUGGAGAACAUUUAUACGAUGAAGAUGGGAAAAAACUUCCUCCAUGUAUCCCUGGUGCAUGGCUCACACCUGCAAUAAUGGCUUGUUAUCUUCUCGUGGCAAACAUCCUUCUGGUUAACUUGCUCAUUGCUGUCUUCAACAACACUUUCUUUGAAGUCAAAUCCAUCUCCAACCAGGUGUGGAAGUUUCAAAGAUACCAGCUGAUCAUGACUUUCCAUGAUCGCCCCAUCCUGCCUCCGCCUCUCAUCAUCCUGAGCCACCUCUACAUCCUCUUCAACAGACUUUUCCGGCGCUGCGUCAAGAAGAAACAGGAAGGAGAGCUUGAUGAGAAAGACCGGGGCCUUAAGCUUAGGCUGAAUCCAGAGGAGCUUAAGAAUCUGUACGAGUUUGAGGAACAGUGCGUGGAGGAGCAUUUCCGUGAAAAGGAGGAUGAGCAACAGUCCUCAAGUGAUGAACGAAUUAAGGUUACUUCCGAGAGAGUUGAGAACAUGGCAAUGCGUCUGGAAGAGGUCAAUGAGAGAGAAAACACUAUGAAAGCAUCUCUCCAGACGGUAGACCUACGUCUGGCCCAGCUGGAAGAGCUUCAUGGGCGUAUGGCUUCAGCGUUGGAAAAGCUUGCAGGGUUGGACAAAAUGGAGCUAACCAGAACCUUCUCCAAAUCCUCGUCCAUGUGCGACCAUUCCUCUCUCCUCCGGCAAGGCAGCAUCAACAGCGCAGAUGGCUACAGCCUCUACCGCUUCCACAUGGACAUGGAAGAGUUUGCAUCCAGACAGAAGGACACGGACGAGAAAGGAGGCUUAGAGAGAGAGCGGAGUGUACGCCAAGCUUCAAGCACUUGUGCUCUCAACACAGCACAGACCCUAGAGGUUGGUGGUUUGGAUAGAUCUCAAUCCAGUUCAUGUGUGGACAUUUUCAUAUCUCCCUGUGAACAGAAGGUUCCUUCUGGGGCAUCAAGCCAAGAGACUAUCACAGACAUAAAGCAAGGCGGCGCAAUGCUUCUGGACAAAAACAGGCUAAAACCUUUCUCGCCAGCCAAAAGGGCUAAAUCUCUGAGAUACUAUCCUGCUGAAGACCAACUCAUGUCUCCUUUAACAAAGAGAUCCAUCAGCACCAUUGCUGUCCACCCCCCUGAUACAGUAGAGGGGGCUGCUGAGCCUACAGCUGAGGCCAAACCUCUGGUAGGAGCUUCUCCUUCUCCAAGGAGGGCAAUAUCUCUAAGAGAUCUUCCAGCCGAAAACCAAAGUCAGACAUCCCCUAAGAUUAGGAAAAGGGCUAUCAGCAGUAUAAUCUAUGACCCAGCUGAAGCAGGUGAUAAAACUCAGGCACAUGUAGAGCACCAGGUCCAUCCUGGUGGAAAAGCAUCCUCAGUCCAAACCGCCACUUCACAUGAAGAGCUAAAACGACUGAACAACACAGAAAGUGAGGCCAGACAAACGGGAGUAGAGCAAGACGACGACCAAAGGACGACAAAGCCCAAGAGAAAUGCCUCAGACGGUACAGACUACCUGACUGUAGCUGAUGAAAGGUACAUGCGGUCUCACAGGUCAAAGAGCUGCAACGCCAGCGACAGAAAAGCAAAGCCCCUGAUGGUCUCAAAGGAGCCAAGAGCCUCCAGCAGUGAGAGGAACCUCCCUGAAGCAAGCGGGGCGUCAGCUUGGGAGGAAGAGAAAAGGAGGUUGGAGGACGAGAAAUAAAAGAAAUCAAGAAAAGAAACUUAAAAAAGCAAGACUGAGCAGCUAAACAUGUUUGGAAAAUGAUGGGAAAAUUAUUUGAAAAAUAUAAAAGGUGUUAAGAAAAAGAAAACACCUAAAGUAAGAUUUUUUUUUCUUUACUGCUGCUGCUUUCAGUGAGUGUAAGAUAGAAGUUACAGUCUACCAGUCACAUUACAGUUUUUCCCAGUUGUGUUUUCAUUUAGAGGAACUUUAAGGGAAACCUACCACACAUCUUCUCUUUAGUAUAAAAUAAAAAAAGGCAUGCAUACACAAUGUGAAUAGCAAAAAAAAAAAACAACAUUCUACAUAUACGCUCGUCAUUUUCGAAUACUACCUGUAAACUUUUUUUUUUCUUCAGAUGCUCUGUGCUUAGUAUUGAGCCUCCAUAGGGAUCUCCCUACCGCUUUCAUGCAAUAAACAUCACACUUGUAAAAAGUAUAAAUUCAGUCCUGGUUCUAAGAAAUAAACACCUUUCACAGUUUCAUUUAAACACCAAAAACCUGUGUACAUGUAGGUUCUAUAAGAAAAAAAAAAGAAUAAAAACUAUCAAAA